AUGGAUCCUUUGAAUAAUAUGUAUGAUGCUCUUGUUUCCAUUAAUAAUAUUUUACAAAAAUGUAAACAUAAGAAUAAAGAUAUCUGUAUGGAAUCUACUGCUGCCGAGACGAUUAACAAUACAAAAGAAUUAUCAUUAGAUUCAAAAUCUACGGCUAUUGUACAUCAAACUAAUCAUAAUCAACUACAUUAUGAAUUAUUGACACAAGAUAAUUUUUAUCGAGCCCAUUUAUGCAAUAGAAAUAUUGAUGAAUUGCCAAAUAUAAGUGUUGAUGAUAUUAAACAAUUGAAAUCAAUUAAUGUUUAUACAAUGCAAGAUUUACUUGGUCGUUUUCUUAUACAUGAUACUCCUGAAGAUUUUUAUAUAUUUCUCCUCAAUACUUUUCGUUUAAAUGAAAAGACAGCAACAAUUAUUACUGAUCUAUUUCAUCAAUGGACAAAAUAUAAUUUAGAUGCUGUUGUACAUAAUACUGAUAUUGAUACUAUAAAACCAAUUCAUUAG